AUGACGGAGUGCCGCUGCUGGCACGACCUCGCGGCUACUCAGUCAGUCGCCACGACGCGCUGGCACAUUGGUACCACGCUGCUUGCUGCAGUGCAGGCAGCCGACACGGUUUUAUCACAGAGCUCGGUGAACGACGCCUUCGACCGCCAGCGUGUGAAGACAACGCCGCGGCGCGCUGGGACACUUUCUCGAAAGGAGAGAGGUAGCAGGCUGAUCCAGGCAGCUAAGCAGGGAGCAGUGGGGGAGAUGCAGGCACUGCUCGCAAAAGGGGCAGACGUGGGGGCUAGGGGCUCGGAGGGGAUGGCUGCUCUGCACUGGGCAGCAGUGGAGGGACGCGUCGAGGCGGUGAGAUGUCUGCUGGAGGGUGGAGCAGAAGUGGACGCCAGGAGCAACGAUCAGAACACGCCUCUGCACACAGCCACAAGUGCGCCGGCCACCCCCGGCACCCGCCGCCAGCCCCACAGCGACCGCGGCCGGACUCCUGCCGCAGCUGCUCCACCCACAGCUGCCCGCCACACCCCUCCACCUGAUGAGGCCGCAGUCUCUCGCUUGCGGACACUUUCUCGAAAGGAGAGAGGUAGCAGGCUGAUCCAGGCAGCUAAGCAGGGAGCAGUGGGGGAGAUGCAGGCACUGCUCGCAACAGGGGCAGACGUGGGGGCUAGGGACUCGGAGGGGAUGGCUGCUCUGCACUGGGCAGCAGUGGAGGGACGCGUCGAGGCGGUGAGAUGUCUGCUGGAGGGUGGAGCAGAAGUGGACGCCAGGAGCAACGAUCAGAACACGCCUCUGCACACAGCCACAAGGUAUGGCCACGCAGCUGUGGUUCGGCUGUUGGUGGCGGCCUCAGCAGACCUCAACGCCAGGAAUGAGGAUGGGCAGACGCCGCUACACAGGGCCGCUGCCUAUGGGCACCCAGAGGUUGUGGCUGUGCUGCUGGAGGCAGGAGCUGACAAAGGAGCGAGGGAUGACAGUGGGGCCACCCCACGUCAUAUCGCCAGGCAGAAAAACAAUCAGCAGUUGGUAGAGAUGCUGACGCGAAACGUCCUGUAG